AGAAGGGUGGGAUUGCUCCUCGCUUAUUAACCCUGACCCUUUGCUGCUUGUUCAGAAAGAAAGCAGUCUUACCCAGCCGGCAACAAACUCCCAGCAGAUCCUCUUGGGAUAGUCGUAGGUCCUAUUGGGAUAGUCACUGGUCUUGCCCUCAUCAGUGCUGUGUUAAUGCCUCGUCCUGGGGUGGCAGAGCCAGACAGCCCAGGAAAACACACACAGCUUCUUGGUUUUGUGUAUUUCAAAUAUCAGUACACUUCCCUUUUGGCUAUCUUAGCAUCUGAUUGUAUAGGACAAUGAAAAUAAUUUUGGUUUUCCUCUCUUUUUUUUUUUUUUAUUUUUUACUUGUUUUCUUAAGUCACUGGCACUAGUUGCUGCAACGCCAGACCUGCAAGCACAUUUGCAGGGUGCUGUCUGUUUCCAUACUGUGUUAAAAAGUGGGAGUUGCAUACCUGUCAGCUGGUUCCGUUUCAUGUAUGGUCAAAGAAAAAUAAGGAUAAAUAGGAGUUUAGGAGUUGAGCGUCCUGUAGCUGCACGUGAGGUGAUGGAGGGAGGUGUUUGAACCAACUGUUAGAUUACCCUCCUCUCCAAUGCAUUUCCUGUCUCUACCACAAGUGGCUGCCUCUGGGAGAUGGGGAUUGAAUAAUGUAAAUUCUGUAUCUUUCACUAUCCCUCUGCCAUUCAAGUAUCUCUAUUGUUUCUUUGGAGAUCUGGUAACCUUGGUCUCUCUGCGUCCAUCUCUAUUCAUCCAUCUGCAGCCCAACAUGGUGUCCUUUGAGCUGCUCUGUCUGCUUACCACUCUUUCCAGUGGGCUUGGUCAGCUCACUAAUUCAGCGGAAUUCAGUCAUUCAGUCUUUUUGAUGGCUUAAUAAGUUAACUGUGUUGAUUCCUGUAGAAGUUUUUCUGUCAUUCAGCUCUAGUCCAAAGUAAGUAGCAAGAAAGCAGAGUCAUGGAAAUGGAAAAGCCAGAGGAAAGUAAAUGCAUGGUCUAUGACAGCAGUGCUAUCAAAUUAAUUUACGAAGUCAUUGGUAGGAUGAGGCAUUUUAAUAAUGUAUACAGAAUCAUUGUAAAUAAUGGAAAAUACUAUGUUUUAACGCGCUAAUUUAAAAUAACUUAUGGAAUGUAUUUUAUCAUUUCUUAAAAUGUUACUAUCUUUCUGUCUUUCAGGCUGAAGCUGGGCCAUUGUAAGGGUUAAUCAUCUGUCAAAUACUUAGUAACCAUUUAUUCAGAAAAUUUUCUGCGUUGUUCAUGGAGUUUUUCAUCAGUAUGUCUGAAACCAUUAAGUACAAUGACGAUGAUCACAAAACUGUGUUCCUGAAAACAUUAAACGAACAACGUUUGGAAGGAGAAUUUUGUGACAUAGCUAUCGUGGUUGAAGAUGUUAAGUUCAGAGCACAUAGGUGUGUGCUUGCUGCCUGCAGUACCUACUUCAAAAAGCUUUUCAAAAAACUAGAAGUCGAUAGUUCAUCAGUAAUAGAAAUAGAUUUUCUUCGUUCUGAUAUUUUUGAGGAGGUUCUCAAUUACAUGUACACUGCAAAGAUUUCUGUUAAGAAAGAGGAUGUAAAUUUGAUGAUGUCUUCGGGCCAGAUUCUUGGUAUUCGCUUUCUAGAUAAACUCUGCACUCAAAAGCGUGAUGUAUCUAGUCCCGAAGAAAACACACAGUCGAAGAACAAGUACUGUCUAAAAAUAAACCGUCCUAUUGGGGAACCUAACGAUACCCAAGACGAUGAGGUGGAAGAAAUUGGAGAUCACGAUGACAGUCCAUCCGAUGUGACAGUGGAAGGAACUCCCCCCAGUCAGGAAGAUGGAAAAUCACCUACCACUACCCUGAGAGUUCAGGAGGCGAUUCUGAAAGAGCUGGGAAGCGAAGAGGUUCGAAAAGUAAACUGCUAUGGCCAAGAGGUAGAGCCCAUGGAAACAACCGAAUCAAAAGACUUAGGAUCCCAAACCCCUCAGGCUUUGACAUUUAAUGAUGGCAUAAGUGAAGUGAAAGAUGAACAGACACCAGGCUGGACGACAGCAGCUGGGGAUAUGAAGUUUGAGUAUUUGCUUUAUGGUCACAGGGAACACAUUGUAUGUCAGGCUUGUGGUAAGACCUUUUCUGAUGAAGCACGACUGAGAAAACAUGAAAAGCUACACACUGCUGAUAGACCAUUUGUUUGUGAAAUGUGUACAAAGGGCUUUACCACACAAGCUCAUUUGAAAGAGCAUCUGAAAAUACACACAGGUUACAAGCCGUACAGUUGCGAGGUAUGUGGAAAGUCUUUUAUUCGGGCACCAGAUCUAAAAAAGCAUGAAAGAGUUCACAGUAAUGAGAGGCCAUUUGCAUGCCAUAUGUGUGAUAAAGCUUUCAAGCACAAGUCCCACCUCAAAGACCAUGAAAGAAGACACCGAGGAGAGAAACCUUUUGUCUGCAGUUCCUGCACUAAAGCAUUUGCUAAAGCAUCUGAUCUAAAAAGGCAUGAGAACAAUAUGCACAGUGAAAGAAAACAAGUUACUACAGCCAAUUCCAUCCAGAGUGAAACAGAACAAUUACAGGCAGCAGCUAUGGCUGCUGAAGCAGAGCAGCAAUUAGAAACUAUAGCUUGUAGUUAAAAAACAAAAAAAAAAAAAAAAAACAAACAGAAAAUUUAUCAGAAAUAAUAUAAGAAAUUGAACAAAAUCUAUUGUUGGUAUACAUUUAGACUGAUAAUUAUCUUUUCCAAACAAAAAAAAACUAUUUUUAGAGGAUUUGAAUGCUACAUAGGAACACAAAGCAUUGCUUGGUUAGGUAUUUUAAAAUAUUUCCGAGAUGGGUAUUCUUAGAAUAUAAAAUAGUUUUGUUGUCAUUAGCAGUACAAUGCACUAAUACUUGAUUUAAUUUAAGAGUAUGAUCAAGUUCUCUAUAAAACAAGGAUCGUCACUGGCUGAUGUUUUGUUUCAUCCAGUAUGGAAUGCUACAUACGAUAUAGACAUCAAAAUCAGUGAGUUAUGUUUUAAAAUGCUGAGAUCUCAGAACAUAACAAACAUGGAGAGGAAAUACUUGUUUUUCAUAGUUUCGAAGGUGUUAUACCUGCAUUUUUUGAGAAACAACCGUUGGUUCCCUAGGUUCUUUAAUUCCUCCUUUUUUCACCUAGGGUAGGUGCUAGAGGUUGGUACCAUAGAGUGUACUGGAGGGCGGUGAUCAAAUCAAAAUUGCUUCUUAUUCCACUCCCUCAAAUAUCCUCUCAUUUUAAUUGAGGUGGCAAGUUUUAUGGACUAGGAAGUACUUGCUUUCCUGAAAAAAUGGCAUUAUUCACAGUGGUCCAGGCUGGCAAAGAAGAAGGGUCAUUGCACUCACUAGUCCCUUCUGCUGUGGGGAAAGAGUCUGACUCGUUUGUUUCUAUGUUCAUUUUAGAAAUCUUAUGCAGGCCCCAGGAGAUGGGAUGGAGCCACAAAGGAAAAAGAGUGCAUCAUGGAGAAGGAGAUAUUUUCCUUACUCGGGCCCGUAGAAACGAGUUAAAGCUAAUACAGCCUGAGGCUGUAGUUUUUAUUAUGCAGCUUUCACUUCACCUAACCUAGCACAGUUAAGGCAAAGGAGUGUUUCUGGCAGCACAGGAGAAUUAGCUGCGCUGGUGAGUGACUGGAAUUCACUGCCAGACCUCCAGAGUUUCAGAGCACAGCCAUGGGCUAUUGCAUACCCGCCAGCAGUGUUCAGACUGGGUUUUUAUAUCUUGACUUGUCACACCAGCUAAUAGGUUCAAAGCUUCCACCCUCUGGCACGCCACCUCUCAGCGAGAGGGAGACUUCAGUGGGUGAUUUCAGUCAUAACUGGUUCAGAAUCAGUGUUCACUAUUAGUCUGUUACUUAGAGUUGCCUGUUUUUUUUUUUUUUUUUUUUUUUUUUUUCUCCAGACAAGCUGAGGUAGAUGCUGCUAAUUUAACUGUUAACUCAAAGAGUCAGCAAAAUACGUAGUCUUUGGAUUGCAGUCUGCUAUGUGUAGUCAACAAGAGAAGACACAAUAACAGUGAUAAUGUGAUGCAAUGGGAUUUUGAGCCUUUAUUUUAAAUUUGUAAAUAUUACAAUGUUGUCAACACUUCAUUUGAAGUUGGAAUGGGCAAAAAAUGCACUCUUGGGCACAUGGUUGGAUAACAUUGGUCAUUUGCAAAACCUAUAGCAUAUUGAAGUGUUAAACCAGGUUCUGGUAAGUUACUGCGUCGUAGAUCACAUCUUGCAUUUCUAAAUAGAAAUGAAAAAUAGCAUUUUUGGAACUGUUAUAUGAAACUUUGCUUAUUGUUUUUGUUUGUUUGUUUGUUUUACAGUUUCAUUUUAUACAUGUACCCAUCAGGUUAAGCAAUUAUCUUAAAAUGCCAAUAAUCGUUUGAAAGCUGGUCUGUAAAUAAAACACGAAUUUAAUAUUUUAGAAAAUGUAAACUUUGGACUUUUACCAAUAUAUUUUUUUAAAAUGUUGCUUCAUUUUACAUUCAGUAAUAUUAGUUUGUAAACAAACUAUACAUUUUGUAUCUGUGCAACAUCAGAGGAUGUGUAUUCAUUGCAUUUUAUUGGUUCUCUUGAGGAACAUGAUAAAUGACCAUUGUUAAAAUGUUUUAUUGUAUAUGAUCACAGAUAAAGAUAGUAGGUCCAGAAUGGGAUCUACUUUUUUCUUUCUUAGUAGUCUUGCUAUGUUUUCUUAUCUUUUGUUCAUUUUUUUUUCUUAGAUGAUAAAAUUGGGGUGGUUAAGUCUGCAUAAAACAAAUCUGUUGUGAAAAGACUUCAGAAGCAUAAAAGGUGAAAAAAAUUCUCUAGGUCUCUUACGAAGAGUGCAAGAGGUAACGAGCUUAAAUUACAUUUACAUUAGACAUUACGAAAGAUUUCUAAGGGGUAGAAUAAUGAAUUAUUAGAACAGAAUGCCUGGGGAGGUGCUGAAAUCACUGGUACUGGUGGUAUUCAAGAAGGGGUUAGACAAACAUCUUAGGAAUGGUUUAAAUAUAGUUAUUUCUACCUUGAAGCUACAGGGUAAGCUAAGCAACCUCUGAAGAGCCUCUUUAACUUUGGUGUUUGUUUUUGGAAUGCUAGGGAAGUAAUAAAUGAACACUUGAAUGGUAAGAGAGCUCAAGGCUUACAGAAGAAAACAUCCCUCUGUCUGACGUGUGCAUAAGCAAUCAGGUUGUGAAUUUGAAACUUACAGGAAAGCAGGAAUGCAUUGAAAGACAACCAGAAGUGUAAUAACAUCAGACUUUACAUCAGAGUAGGUUUUGCUGUCCUUUGAGCUUACACCUGUAAGAGUUAUAUAAGGUUACAGCUCUAAGGCUUGCAAGAUGCUUGUAGCAUUUUAAAAUUGAGACAUUGAUAUUUUAUAUACUCUGAUACAGCAGUAUUCAGAGGCAGGAACAAGUGUGGUCACAUGUGCCUUGGGCAUGGCAUAAACACUUUACAUGAGACUUGGCCUUAACACUCUCUGCCAUAGGAACAAAUGAAGUAAAAACAAAGGAGUUACUCCCAUGUCAUAGGUUUCCAAAGGAGCGUAGGCUCCUAGUUUAGUUCUUAGGCUUACUAGUUUUUACCUGCAAAGGAUUCAGAAAACCACUGUAUUUUCCAGAGACCAACAACAAUAUCGUUCAUAAAUGCUUAAGCCUCCCUUUCCCUCCCUUCCUCCCUCCUCUCCUCUCUUCCUCUUUUUUUUUUUUUCUGGAACAUCUAUAUACAUAUAUAUAUAUAUAUAUAUAUAUAUUUUUUUUUUUUCCCUCAAAUGUCCUUCCUCAAGACAGGGCUUAGAAUAAUUAAGAAAAUAAUUUCAGCUUAAAGUUUUGGAAGAGGUCUUAGGAAGUAACCUCAGCUGUAUGCUGUUGGCAAUGUAUUUUAAAUUACUCCUGUUACGUGUAUACCUUCUGAAGGGAUUGUAUUUUAUGUACUAUGGGGAUCUGAGUGUGAAGUUCAGGUAAAUACAACUGCAUCUGAACACGUUACUGCUCCCAGCUUCUGUCUGAACCAAAAGACGCUAUGUACAGGAGCAGUUGUAUGUCAGCUCCAAGUCACAGAGUCCAGCAUGGUAAAUAGCUAUGAGCUGUACUGAUUGAGGAAUGGGCAAAAUUUUACUUUUGUUUUUACAAGGAUGAUGAUUUCUAUCAGAACUUACAAGAAAGUAGAUGAGAUCCUGUCCGGUUAAUGAGAAUUUUUUUGACGUAUUGGGACCAGACUAGCCUAAUGUUCCUAACAAGGUUUGCAGACACGGGGACAGAUUAGCUAACUAGUGUGCAUGCAAGAAUGACAGAAUGCUAUAGAAACAUGGAUGGCUAGAAUUACAUUAAAUAUGAUAUAUAUAUAUAUAUAUAUAUAUUUAAAUUAAGUAGCAAAAAUAGCAUGCAUUGAAUUUGUCCUAAAUAUACACUUCUCCAUCUACUGCUUUGAAACCCAAGUCAGUAAUGUCUUUCAUAUACAGAGGAUAGCAAAAACUCUGGCUUAUGCUGAAAGUUUGUCCAUGUUAUGGUGACAUGUGGCCAAGUGGCUUCAACGGAACUCUCCAUGUGUUAAGUAUAUAAAUACCCAUUUGCACAUUCAAGGCUUUUAUAUAUACAUACAUAUAUGUAUAAUGCAACAACAUAUCAGUUGAUUUCUGGUGACCCGAAUGGGUCUGUGUGUUUGACACCAGUUGAGAUGCUAACCCAAAGUCUCCUGAGUUGCAAAAAGAUCAAAAUGCUAAGGAAGUAUAACAGUUUAAUUAAGAUUCUUUGUGAUUUAAAAGACUACAGUGAAAAGAAAUACUUCAAAUAGGAACUUUGCUAUUCUGUGAUUUUAACUGUGUGCUCUUAAAAACAGGUGUUUUCUAAAGACAAAAAGGAACAAAGAGACCAUAUGAAAGAAGAAUACCUUCCAGCCCUUCUCCACUCCCCAACCCCUCUUCCCUUCUUACCAAUAUUGAAACAAACAUUAGAAAAUGAAGCACUUCACAGUUGAGUACUUGUGUUAUCAUUUUCUGAUUUAAUCUUUGAAAAAAGAGGUUUAGGUCAGAGAUGAGAGAUUUAGAGGUUGUCACAUGAAAGAAAAUGCCUUAUGCUGACUUGAGUAGCAAAAUUUUGAAGAGUUCAGCUUCUAUUUGUUCACGUAAGCUGCAAAGUAUUAAAUACUCCUCAAAAUUUUGCCAUUUAACUACCCAAUCUGCAGGUUUUUUUGGAGAUCUGGUCCCAGUUUUCUAAUUUAGAUGUAGUUCUAGGGCUGCCUUCAUAAUUCCAAUGAGUAAGGUUAUUUAAAUUAAUAGAGUUGGGUGAGAUAUAGAAUAAAGUGUCAGAUAAUAUCUAAGCUUAGAAUGUAUUUUUAGAGACAGAUAAUCUUAAGUCUUUUAUCAAUUCAGACACCCCUCUGUCAUACAGAAGCAGUGUAUAGCUGAAAUAAAGUACAUCUACCACUAACAGCAUACAAUUUUUCUUAAAGUAAGCAUUUAAAAGCAGUACAGAAUAGUGUAAUUCUACCUAGAAUGUAAAGACAGUUUUAGAGAAUUUUCAUCUUUUUCAGUUAGUCCACAGUUCACAGUAGUAUGCCCGGUAAGCCAGAAAAGUAUCAUUAAAAAUUCCAUUACAGCAGUUGGUCUGUCAUUUGUCUUUAUAUAGAUCUAAAACAAUUAUAAUAGCAUUCAUUUUAGAACAGACGGAGGACUUCCAUGAAUAGAUUUUGUUAAAUAUGUGUCAUGAGAGUCGAGAUGUCUCUUCUCAGGAAUGAUUCUUAGAUGUAAUACAAGGAAUCUGAAAUAAUAGAAUAGCUAAAAAUGGUGAUUUAUAUAAUAUUGAUAUGUUGUUGGGUUUUUUAAGUAUUUCUCUCCACUGUACUUCUAUAUUUUCUUAUUUGCAGGCCCUCCUCCUUUAGAUAUUUAUAAAACUCUGAAAGUUUAUGGACUUCAACAAUUCCAAUAUGAACAGAAGAGCGCUGUCGUGUUGAGAGCUCUUUAAAAUAGAAAUACACUUCUGAAGUAUUUCUGAUCCUCAAUAAUCUGUAGCUAAGUAUCUAAUUUUAUAUAGAUAAAUUUGAAAAACAUGUAGAUUGUCUGAAUAAAGUUGUUCCAAGCCUAAACUAUUUUGUUUAUGGAUAUCAAAAGGCUUGGCCAACAGCACAAAUGCUGUGUACUUGUGUACCGGAUUCCUUCUAGGAUAACCUAUAUAUCCAUAUAUGUAUUUACGUAUGAUGUAUAUGUAUCUAAGAUACAUAUCUAUAUUUAAAAGUCUGUAGCUCUUGAAAGAAUACAAGACUGCAAGUCAUGAGUGAUGCUAACAAGAGGUUGAAAUUCUUACUGAAAAAUUCCAAAUGUAUUUUCUUUUUCAUAAUGUUGAGCCACUUUGGAUAAAUAUGUAUGACAAUAACCACAUAUUACAUGCUAUGCAUGCAUUCAGAUUUAAAGCUGUAUUUUAAUGUAGAAGUAAAAGAAAUUAAUGGAAAGUGUCUUGAAUAUAGAUGGUCUUCAUGGAAUCAUAAAAUUAUAAGAAUUAUGAAGAAUGAUAAUUUAAAUUCUUCCAUUUUAGGGAAAAAAUAUAUUUUCUGAUGCAAAAUCAUUCUGUUUAAAAAAGAAAAAAAAGCUUACUGCUUACUUUUGUAGAUUUCUGACCUCCUCCCAAUGGGCUAUUUAUACAUUUGAGUAAUCUGCAUGUGCAAGCAAGUUAGCUGCAGGGAAGCUCAAUUUUUAGAAUAUUUUUAAAGACAAAAAUACUUAGCUUUUCAUUCUUCCCUAAUAAUAAAGAUUUAUUUUUUUUUUUCAGGGUCACAGAUACCACAGGCAGUGCUUAUACGAACAAACCCUUUUAGUGGCAUUGCAGUGUGCUCAGGCAAGAGGAGGUACUCAGACAAAAAAAAUAACAAACAUUUUUUUUCCUUCUGCUCUAGAAAUUGGAAAUGGAAAUAUGCAAGAUACUGUGAAACUUCAGACAGGAGUCCCUCUUCAAGCGAAAUUAUCAAUUAUGUGCAGAUUUAUUGCUUUUUUGUACUUGUUGUCAGAAUCAUUGUAGUUUACAGAGUAGAGUUUUCAGGACUGUGUGUCUGUCUUAUGAAGAUACUAGUUGGUUCUAUUUUGCAAACAGUCAAAGCUUGUGAAUGUGUUUCUGUUGUGUUUAAGGUUGCAUGGACAAAGUUAGGGAGAAGAGUUGGAGUAAAAAUAAGUAUAUACUGUGAAAAAAAUGUUCUCAAACUUGCAUUUAUUCAGCUCUAAUACAAAUUAAAUUCAAAUUUGUAUUUACUGUAUAUAGAAUAGGGUUGAUUGUAUUUAAGAACGUUUUCCCCUGCCUAAGAAGUCAGUCACCUAAGAUGGUACUUUGUCAUUUUGUUUUCAUUACCUUAACUGCAACAUUUAGAAUCUGUGUACAGAUUAUUUUUCCGGUGUGUGAAAGCCAUGAAGAAUCAUUUGAUAGAGAUCUAUUACAGUAGAAGUAUCUAGUUGUGCUGGCCGUCUUUAUCUAAGCAUUUUGUCCUGGUACAUUUUUGUUUUUCUUGAUUUUUGUUUGUUCGUUUUUACUGGGGAAUCCAUAAGCCCAUUAUCAUUCCCCCAUUUCCUGUUACAAAAUAAUUAAAAUUUUCUUGAGUUCCACCUAGGGCAUUAAGGAAUGCUUUUCUCAGAUGCUGAUAGACUUUGAUCUGUUUACUUUGCAAAGAGAUAAAGUGAAUAGAAAGUGGCUUCUGCUGCAUGGAAAGAUAGUUUGCAAUGGGAUAUUUCUCGAUGUUUGUUUCAAAACUUAAGCAUUGAUUUUGAUUUUUCUUUUUUUCUAUUAUAAACCUUGUUUUUUUGAGAAGACAGUCUUCUAAAGGGAUAGCAAAGCAGACUUUGUGUGGUAAAGCUUAAUUCUGUUGAAAGGGAGAGUCUUGUUCUUUCUCCCCUCCUUUCCAGCUCCUAGAGGUGUCUGGUGAAUUUCUGUGUCAGUGUAAGUAAGAUAAGUGGUGAAGGUAUUCAGAUGAGAAAAGGGAUGAGGGUAAACAGGAAGGAGCAAGACCUUCUUAUUUCAAAUGUAGUGAAAUGAGUGGUAGCUCGCUCUGUCUUAUAUAGCCACCCCCUUAUCUUGUCUGGACAAUUCCCAUUCCUAAGUUAUAUUCUAUUUUCAUGCUGAAUUCUUUCCCUUUGAAGACUUUUCAGGACAGAGAGUUUCAAGCGAAGCUGCACGGUACUUCUGCUGUUUUUCUGCGUAGAAUUUACUAUGCCUAGAACUUUCAUGGAACUAAUAUCGUGCUUAUUAGUUAAUAUGCUGGAUAGUCUAUGCCUUUUUUUUUAUUUUUUUAUUUUUUAACAGGCUACUGACUCUCCCCUUGAAUCCAAAGGCAAUCUAUACUCAGUGUUCUUAAAGCAUAGGAAUAGGCCUGGUGUUCUUUUAAACUCAAGCCUAGUUAUCUGUCUUAAGUGAUAACAAAGAAAGAGGUAAUGCACGAAGCUAUAGGCUUCAUGUCCAAGGCAGAGGUAAAUCAUGAGAUGUUUCCUUGUUUGCAAGAUAAGGGAAAAUCUUAAAGAAGAUCAAGGUUUCAGAUCCAUGGCAAUUUCAGACAACCUGAGUUAUGGUUGCCACAGUUUACUGUUGGGUCUGCAGCAGCACUUGUGGAAUAUCUCAGUGAACUUCUUUGUAGAGAGCUGAAGCACCUGAAAACUAAUACCUGUUUUGAGGCUAUUUUUUCUUAAGCUUGUUAGCCCCCUGAAGUGCAGCACCACAUACAUGACUGCCUCAGUGCUAGAGUCAGUGGAGGAGCAGCCCGAAGGACAGCACCUUUGUGUUUCACUUGCCAUAGUAAAACUGCUAAUUGUUGCUGAGACGGGUAAUCCUGUUCUCUCCUAUCCUCUCCAACUAGUGCCUUUUGCACCCAUUUCCUCCCUCUUGUUUGCCUUGUUUAAUGGCUUUUGGGGCUUUAGGAUAAGCCAAUUGAGCGAGUUUCUAUAACAGAGCAAUUCAGUGCUUCAGUGAGUUAGAUUUAAGUUGGCCUACCUUGUUGAACCAGCACAUUAGAUUUGAUUCAAGGUAAGUGGCAGCAUCACAUAACUAGUUAGAAGACAGAACGGAGCAGGAUUUACCCAAUUUUGGUACAACAUUCAACACAAGCUGCUAAAAUACAGCGUUUGUUGCAAAGUGUUUGUGAGAGGCAACCAGACAACAGAAAGGAGCAGACGUAACUCCUGUGCAAAAGCUACUGCUGGUAAACUUGGGGGAUUUUGAAGAGAGAAAUGUGUGUGCUUCAUUUCUUUCUUUCCUUUUGUUUGUUUUCUGAUUUUUUUUUUCUUUCGGGGGGGAGUGGAAUAGAAUUUGGAGGUUUGUACUUUUUUGUUUUUGUUUUUUGUUUUGUUACUAUUUAGAUUACUCUGAGUCCUGCUUGCCUUUCACCUAGUAAUCCUACAGAGUCUUGAAUUAUGGCAAAUUGCUCAGAUUAAAGAGAAAAGAAUAGUUAAAAAGACAAUAGACAUUUAACUCACUGAAGGAUAAAACUGUAAGCCCAAGAGGAUGAAAAAAUACAUUUUUGCAAGAUUGAUUAAUGCUUACAGAUUUUAGAAGUAGACAAUAUUCUCUAAGUCUAUUUUAGAUCACUCUUACUUUGUAAAAAUCAUUAGUCUUUUUAGCUUUUGCAAAUAAUAUAAAUCAGGUCUACAACACAGAUUCUAUGUUUUAUCAGGUGAUAUCAGCUGAUUUAAUGUUAAGAACUUUCUUCUGUCUUUGUAGUUUAGGUUUCUCUGUUAAACAUGCAGAUUUUUUAAUGAGUGAUUUUUAUUUCCUGCCAGAUAUAGGUAAGUACAGAUCCGUUUGAAGACCUGACUAUAAAAAGCGUAUAUUUAUAUUUAAAUUUGGUUCUUUGGGUUAACGAGUUUUAAAUGUAAUUCUUCAGUUGCAUAGCAGAUGCUGCAGAAGGCUUUCUUGUUCUAGAGUUGCCUUCUUUCAGUGAAAAAUUCUUCCCUGGAAAUGAGUUCUGUUCUCUGAUAUUUCUUACAAUUUUCUGUGCUUUACGUUUAAUAAGUCUUUUUUCCCCAUCUAUAGUGCCAGCAUUUAAACAUUUUUCUUUUUACAAGAUACCUUAUUUUAUAUUACAGCUGUUAUUGAUUUUGUUAUUUUACCCAGUAAUAUUUUACCUAUCCAUCCAGUAAAGUUUUCACGUUUUCCAAUAAGAUUUAUAGCAAUCUCAUCUACUAUAUUCUUGCUCUUAAAAUAUAAAAUAGAGUUUAAACCAGGAUUUUGAGACUUGAACUUUUUAGCAGUGGUGUGAGGUUUCAGUCUUAAACUUUUUAGUACUUUACAUGAAACCUUAUACCCCUGAAAAGCAGUAAGACCUCAUUAAAUGUUUCCAUUAAAGUGAGACUUGAUUUUUUUUUAAAAACAAAUAUAUUCUAACUUUGUUUCUGGAAUUAAUAUUUGUUCUGGAAUUUGAUCUUAAAUCAAAUAAGGGAAAAGAGUUCGAUUCAUGUACUUCAUAUGUAGGAUCAGCUAUACCCUUGCUUUUAUAUGUCAGAUUAGUAAGAGGUCUGAAUAUGACUAAGCUUGCUUAUCUGACUAACAGGUAGUAGACCUAUAUGCAUGGCAACGUUUAAAACCUACAAUUUGUGAAGUGUAUGACAGGCAAGUUUACUCAUGCUAGAGUUUGCCUUCCAGUCUGCAAAAAUUGAAACUGAAAUAAAUCAGAAAUUCUUGUUUAAAAAUGUCAUAGCUUCCAUUGUAAAUACAUGUCUGGUAAAACAGAAAUGUUGUAAUUAAAGUCAACAAUUACCAAUUUUAACAGAGUUAAUAAAUGUUUUCAAUGUGAAACAUAAGUUUAAUCUUCCAAUUCAGUCAUUAACUCUUCUUGUAUCCAGUUGUAUGACCGUAAGUUUCCCAUCAUUGUAAGGAUUGAUUAAAUGCAGUCAGAGGGCAGUCCAGAUUUGAUGGAUGUGAUAAAUUCUACUAGGGUAGUGAUGUCCUACUAUAGAUAUUUUUCAAUUGGGCAUGGUCUUCUCUGUGUGAAUCCUGCUAACUUUAGACUUUUGACACUCUACUGUUACAAUAUCUUUCUUUUGUAAUACCUUAUAAUAUCUUUUCAUUUGAUGUUUACAAAUGUAAUUUAAACAAUUAGGCCAAAUAGGUAUACAUUUUAAUUUUUAGCUAUGCAUGAUGGCCAAAAUUCCAUCUUGCUGGCUCUACAGAACAAGUUAGGAAACAGUGUUAUAUAUUUAAUGUUUGUAUGUUAUGUUUGUGACCUUUAGUAAUUCAAUAGUUUCCCCUUCUCAACCAAUCUAAGCUCAUUAGUAGCAUGUUAAAAUGGUUAUUUUUAUAUUUACAUAUUAAAUGUAUUUGUUCUCUGAGUGUUAAAUUAAGCAUGUAGUUUAAUAUUUAGGUUGUUUGCAUUUACUAAAAUAUUAUAUUUGAAUUUAUCAAAGUCUUUAGUGAAAUACUAUAUUCUAGCAAGUUUGGAUAUUUUUUUCUUUUAUUUAAAAGCUGCCUUUUUAUCACUUUAACUCUUUUCCAGGAGUCAUAAAUGCUUCUUUGAAUACCUUCUUUUAGGUUCUUUAAAGACUUGAGCAUAUGCCUAAUUUUAUGACUUAAAGCAAGUUACAGACACCAAUAAGCUGUGGUAUGAUCAUAAUCUUAAACAUCUUUAAUACAAAAGAGAGGGAUAAAUGAAAAAAUAUUCAUUUUUAUUCUAAUGGACAUGUUAUACAGGUAGAACAGAAAAGGUUUGAAGAUGAGAAUUUUUCUAUGGCGUACUCCCAACCUAUCCUAUGAGUGUUUAGAGUGGUGCAGAAUGGUACGGCCUUGUUCCUGUCAUGAGUUGUAUGUGAGAUCCUUUAAAGUCUCUUCCUAUGUUCCACAGUGUCUCUGCUAGAUCCAUUAGCCUAGGACUUGAUUGGACUGAAUUCCUUGCUCUAUAACAUAAUACCAGUGUGAUCUAAAGGCUCUGGUUUUUGGACUGUGAUUCAUUCAUCUGUCUCAGUGGAGGGGCUGGUUGUCUACAAAGGUGUGGCAGGUGGGAGCAGCUGCUUACUUUGGCUUCAUUGAUUUUUCCACUGUUGCAUGUGUGGUAAUGCUUUAGAUGAAUCAUUCAGUCUCAUAUUUAGACCUUCUAAAUCUAUCUGGGUCUUUAUUUCUUAUUGGUUGGCUUUUGCUUUGGGUUCAGCUUCUCUGUAAUUUUCACUCCUGUUUGUAACAUAAAGAUACCAAUUUCUGAUGUGACUGUUGGAAGAUGAAAUCAUUAAGGGGUGUGAGGCUUUCAGAUGUUGCGAUGGCAGCUGUGUAUCACAGAUUUCCUAGAUGGGGGAUCUAGGGAAGCUACAGAGAUUCCCUAGAAGGAUAUGGGACUUUUGGGAUCUCUUUACUGGCUGUGAGAAGUCCCAGUGUGGACUCAUUUCUGUGAUAUUUAAAUUAAGAAA